GACAGGCAAAUCCCUUCCUGAUAUCUGCGCACGGAGCUGGGUUACAGAGACAUACAACCACCUGUCCAUGAUUGCCGUCUCUUGAGGCUUAAUCUACAGAUUGGAGCGGCUUCCCAUCCGUCCUCGCACAUCAAAGAUGAAAACAAAAGCGCGGCUAUUCAUUUUAUUUUUGAGUGUUUCUGCUAUUUUUGUUUUUUGGGGACAAGUCUCACAAUACGCUCCGCCUGAGGAACAAAGAUCCUGCGCUUGUGACCAAUGUCCAUUUGAAAACGGGACGUUGGCUUUUCAGAAUUUGACUAGAUUUUCACAACCAUUUUUAUCCAGGAACUCCAAUCUGUCAGAAGAAGAUUUCAACUGGUGGAGGGUCAUACAACGCGGAGGCGGCACCAUCAGUGAAUACAGACGAAACAUGUCGAGGGUUUUUAAGCUUAUCCCAGCCAACCCUCCUCUUGAAGAACCCAUCCCUGGCCGCUGCAGGACUUGUGCUGUGGUGGGAAAUUCACGCAAUUUGUUAAAUUCACAUUACGGACCUUUCAUAGAUUUUCAGGACUACGUCAUAAGAAUUAACAGGGGUCAUUCCAAAGGCUUUGAAGCAGAUGUUGGGAAGAGAACAACUCAUCAGGUCAUGUACCUGGAGAGUCGUUCUCAGUUGGAUGACACCACUCGCCCGGUGCUGUUUACAUUUAAAAUGAGGGAUCUUGAGUGGAUUACGAGCGUUCUCAGACCACAACCUUCUAGAAAAAAAUCACUGUUCAACAAGGAUUUGGUGAUGAUCGUUAACCCAGCUUUUAUGAGGAAUAUUCAUCACAUGUGGUUGCAAAAGAAGGGAGCUUAUGCCUCCACCGGCUUCAUGUCUUUGGUUCUUGCCCUGCACAUUUGUGACGAGGUCCAUGUGUUUGGUUUUGGAGCAGACAGUGAUGGAAACUGGAGCCAUUACUGGGACAAGAAACCCAACAACAAAGUAAAAACUGGAGGACAUCCUGGAAAUGUAGAGUACGAAAUGAUCAUGGCCCUGGCAAGGCAUCAAGUACUAAAAUUCUAUACGGGGUGGUAAAGUUUCUCUCAGCAUUUAACCUAUUCAAGCCUUGACAAUGGAUUCCUUACCAAGCAAGACAAAACUAAGGAGCCUUUCAGAGACAUCUCUUCUCAGAUCAUUUCCUCUAACGGAACUAACGGAGACCGAACUGAUCUACACAUGUUGUGAAUCUUUGUGUUGGUUUUUAAACUUCAAAAACUGCUUCAGAGGCAAUGACCCCAAAUGGAUUCCAAUGCAUUGUAGGAUUUUACACAGCAAAUUUCGGAGAGUUAAAUUGACUCGUUGAGAUUCAAUUUGAACUUUAAGCUGGUGUUUAUAUUGUCCCAAUCUUGUGCGUAGAGUUAAACCCACACCAAGAAGUGUGAGACUUACAGUUCAAAUGUAAGUCAAAUGAAUCUGAUCUUGACACUGGAUAAUGACUCCAACUCUUUCCUACAAUUGAGUCUGUAAGAGUUGAAUCAAGUUUUUGCAGUGUGAUUUUAACUCUGCACUUCAAUACUUUUUCCAAACACCGGAAAAUUAACUCUAAGAAUUUUGCUGCCUAGAAAUGUUUUUCUUUGUUUUUUCUUAUGGUAAUGCACCACAUAAACACAGUAGGGAGUAGUGAGAAAAAAAGGCAGCCAGGAUUUUAUAAGGGUAAUCACACAGUUUUACAAUUAAAGUCGAUUAUUCUUACGUAAUCAGAUAUGAAAUACUGCUGUUUCUUUGUAUUAUUGACUGUAAAGACAUCAAAUCUCUAUACCCAUGUAUACCCCAAAUAGAUUCAGUGUAGCCCCAUGAAAUAAAGUGAAAUAAGCCAAGUUAUUCAAGUUCAAACUUUUUAAAUUCUCAGAAAAGGUGUGCAUUAACCACUGAUCAGUUCUUUCCCCAACAAACUAGGUUCAUGUGUGCAUCUCAAUAUGUAUAUAGUUACAUGUUCUAAUAGAUUUUAAAUAAAUAUAUUCAUUUUAUAAUAUAAUUUUCUUUAUUAUAAUAUAUUGACAUGAUAUUUUUAUAAUAGUUACGAUAUGGUAGUUAUAUCAUAUUCUGAAUAUUGUUUUACAUAUAUAUAUAUAUAUGCGCCACCCUUCCCUAUGACCAAAGUGGGCAUAAUCGGGAAGGUGCGUGUGAAGAAAAUUUUGCUUCCUCUAACAAUAUGGGGCACCGUUUUGAAAAUGUCGCACUUUCUAAAAUCCUGCAUCGUUUUGGUACAUUACCAUUAGCAUAUGUCACGUUUUCAAACAUUUAGAGAGAAAGUCAUGUAAAUAACGUUUCCAAGGAUAAUGUUUGGCAGUAAAACCAAGUUGCUAAAUAAUAUAAAUGUUUAAUCUAAAUGUAAAUGUCAAAUGUAAAUGUUAAAUGUAAAUGUUAUAUGAAUGUUAAAUGUUUUAAGUAAAUGUAAAUGUUAAAUGUUAUUAGGGUUGCAAAAUUCCGGGAAUAUUCAAAGUUGGGAACUUUCCACAGGAAUGUACGGAAAAUAACUGGAUAUUCUGGCGUAAUUUAACUGUAUUUACCUUGUCAUGAGCAGACAUUCAUGCAAACAUUUCUAAUACAACUUUUAAAAACUAAAUGUUUUACUUUUGUGACAUUUUGUGAGUAGAACUUUAUUCUUUCAUUCAUUCAUUUUUUUGUAUUAUUUCAUUUCUCUAAAUGUUUUCUUCCUGGACCUCAUCAACGUCCUCC